AUGUCAAUCAAUACGGAUAGGGAUCGGGGGAGACAAGGUAUAGGGACUAUCCCUUGUCCCUCUCCUCCUGUUCUUCCUAGUACUGGUAUGGAAUUGGGAUUGGGAAUAAGGUUAGAUGAUGUAGGAGCUGGACCAUCACGUUUAUCGUCUUCUUCUCAGGAGAUGUGUAAAUGUGAGAUAUGCAUUCAACCAGACUCAUCAAGACCUCGCACUGCUUCUCGAUCUCGUCAAGCCUCAGCCCGAACCACGUCGACCAAAACGACGAUAUCAUCCUUCUUACCAUUAUUCCUUUUACCUUUCUUACCCACUUCACUCGCUGCUCCUCCUCCUUCACGUCGUCUACGUCGAUCACCUUCACCCACUUCAUCCACCUCUACUUUCAUACCGACAACGACAUCUUCCGAAGUAGAAAUCUCUUCUUCAUUCAAUGAACAUCGGAAUAUCCAAUAUCUCACGUCCGUCUCGACGCCCUCGGUACUUCCCACAUAUAAUGAGUAUGUUGACGAGACGGUCUUGCCGUACUUGUUGACUAGGCAUGAAGAGGGACAUUGGACAAGGGCAGAAGGUGGAUGGAGUCUGUAUGGUAGACAAGUAGCUACUGCUACUGCCGCGCCAAUAUUUGCGGAUGAUGAUGGCGAAGGUACGGUGGAUAAUUCACAACCGACAGUGACUGCUCCUUCUUAUGCCGUCGAGUCAGUUUUACCUAAUGGUUGGGGAGUAUCAUCGAACCGAACUAGUAUAUACAAAGUACCAUUAAUAUCCAUAGCUAGUGUCAUCUUGGCCUGUGGGAUAGUCGGUCUAAUAGUAUUUAUCGUGAUAAGUCGACGGAAGAAACAUCGUAAGCGAAAACGAGCGAAAGAGCGCUUGCGACGUAAAGCCUUGGCCGCAGCGGGUAUAAAAGAAGAAGAUCUCAAUUCUGCCGCAGGCGGAGCGAACGAAGUGGCUUUUAAAGAGAAAUUAAAGGAGUUGGAGAAUCAACAUGCAGCGAAGAAGAGGAAGAACGGUCAAAUGGGUGUAGCGAAGAAUAAAGUUAGAGUGUGGAAUUCACGUUUGGGUAUGAGGAGGAGAAAGAAUAAAGGUGGUCAGAAGGAGAAAGAAAUUGAUGAAGAUGAAGAUGGUGCUGUUAGGACAACGAAUGAAGUGGAUGGUACCACUGGGGAGGGAGGGGAAGAGGAGGAUAAACCUAUCGAAGGGGUCGAAGAGAUUCAGCCGAUCUCGAUCUCGCCGACAAGUACACUUGAUAGAGAUGAUGAAGAGAGGCAAGGUAGUCGAUCGAAUAGAUCUUCAACUGAUUCUACAAGAGAUGGAGAUCAAGCUGGAGUUGGGACUGCUUCUCGAUCUCGAUCUCAACGAGAUACUCAAGAUCUGUCCAACGAUGGAAGAACUCCUGCAGCUAGAGGUUCAACCGAUCAAGCACAAAGUUCAAUACCCCAUUUCCCACCUGCCUACCGACCUGCCUCUGUCCGAUCAUUACCUCGACAUCGUCCUGACCCCUCAACCUCAUCUUCUUCUGCUGGUCCAUCCAAUGCCUCUGAUCCACCUGUGGUAGUAUCUGGCACGGAAAAAACUCAAGCACCAGGUUACUAUCCUGCUCCCGCUACUGAAGAUGGCGAGAUCGCUCUAGCGGUGGUAUCUAGAGCUGAAGGCAAAUCAAGAUUGGUCGAACCUCAAUCUUCUGCUGAAGAUGGGGCUGAAGAAGAGCAUGGAGAAAGGGACGAAGAAAGGAUUAGGCAUGUCGCUACGGAUGAUAAGAGGGUGUUGGAAAGGCUACGAAUGGGUGGAUCUGCACCUCCUGUCAAUCGACCUAGAUUCUCAGAUCGAGAUCAAGAUCAGGAUGCGGGUAGGGGAGAAGGAGAAGGACCGUCUGCACCUUUUGUUCAAGUUGAUGAACAAGGUUUCGAACAGUUGGAUGAAUCGCUUCUUCAUGUCCCAUCGCCCUCAAUGGAUGGCAGUAGAUCAGAAAAAUCUGGGAAUGGACUUUUACCUGCGCCACCUAGAUUGAAUGCUAGAUUAUCAUCAAGACUGAACGAUAUACCCUCUGCGUCAACUAUUGACAUCGAUACUUCUCAUUUACUCCCUUCUGCACCUCCGGCUCUGGAUCAGACGAACCACGCUCGCGACCAUGAUAUUCCAUCUGCUCCGCCAAUGCUGGGCGAAGACGAAGAUGGGGUAGAAGAAGUAUCUGUGCCUUCUGCUCCUACAUUCGUCUUAGACGAGGAUGAAGAAGCGGAAAGUACGGGUUCGCAUUCUGCUCCUAUGGAAAGUAGUACGAAUCCAGAACAAGAGGAACAAGAACAUGGGCAGUUGGAUGACGAUCGGCAGGAAGUGGGAAAUCGUAGGGAUUCAGAGGUAGACGCAGAAGCAGAUUCCGCCGCUACUUUCUCGAAUGCUUUACCUGCUCGAUCUGGUUCAGGUGCGGUUUUCUUACCUAGGUAUGAACCGUAA